GGAAGAAGAGGAGAGGAGGCGGAGUAAGAAGCAGUAAUAGAAAAUCGUUUUCCUUUUCGAUAUGCAACUGACAAAAGGUCUGUCGGCAGGUUGAUGUGCAGCGAGGUGCUGGUAGAGUGACGGUGAUGUUCAGGUGUGGUGGACUCAUGUUGGCUAAAUGUGCCAUGAAUCCGGCAUCAUGUUGGGCUGGAUAUAGAGGGAGAGCUUCACCUGCUGGGAGCCUCAGACUGGUCCAGAGCCUCAGACUGGUCCAGAGCCGAGCUCAUAGCAGCACCCCGCACGUCACUACAGGCAAGCUGCUGCGGAUUGGGGUGGAAAAGAAAGCAGUGAUCUGCAUUGAGGGGAACAUAGCCAGUGGGAAGACGACAUGUCUGGAGUAUUUCCAAAAAACUAGCAAUAUAGAGGUCCUUACAGAGCCGGUCUCUAAAUGGAAGAAUAUCCGUGGACACAACCCUCUGGCUCUGAUGUACCAAGAUCCUGAGCGUUGGGGCAUCACACUGCAGACAUAUGUUCAACUCACCAUGCUGGACAGACACCUGUCAGCCAUGACAGCCCCUGUCAGGAUGAUGGAGAGGUCCAUAUUCAGUGCCAAGUACAUCUUUGUGGAGAAUCUCUUCAGAAGUGGGAAAAUGCCAGAGGUGGACUAUGCUGUUCUCAGCGAAUGGUUUGAUUGGAUCACAACUAACAUUUCCAUUCCUGUUGAUCUUAUUGUCUACCUGCAGACAUCUCCUCAGACCUGCCAUAAGAGGUUAAAGCAGAGAAGCAGAGAGGAGGAGAAAGUCAUUCCAUUGGAGUAUCUUGAGUCCAUCCACCAGCUGUAUGAGGACUGGCUCGUCAAGCAAAACUCCUCCCCUCUUCCUGCUCCUGUGCUGGUAAUUCCUGCUGACGGUGACCUCCAAAAGAUGCUGCACCAGUACGAGGAAAACCGUGACAAGAUCUUAGCUGGAAGCUAUUUCUGAUACCCAAAAAUUCAGUAACACACAUACAUAAACACACACACACAGAAUUCUAUGAUUUGGAUUAUCAUUUUUUAUAAAUUUGUCUUUACAUGGGACAAAUAAGUAACUUUUAAUUAAAAAAACUUCUUGUUAAAUUUAUUCUCAGAUCUACAGGGUUGAAAUGCUUCAGAAAAAGAACUAACUCCAGACCAGGUAAAAUAAUCAACUGAGCCUCAGCUUUCCAUUAAGACACUUUAGAGUUCCUUAACAGAAUCUGAAAAACUCAAGUGUUUGUCAGAGCUCCUCAGUCUUACACUUUGAACGGUGAGGUUUAACUGAUUAUACAAAACAAUAUAUACGUUCUCUUUUUAUUUCACUCUAAUGUAAUGCACUUCAGCAGUAUCCUCAGAACUUACAUUGAGCUGUCACCCAGAUAUUGUCUUUGAUGUGUUUGGGUUCUAAACCUCAAUGAGUCGGAUCACAGGAUGUGGUCAAUGCAGAUUGCAAUUCUUGAAAAGGGGACCUCAGGUACAUGUGUCAAUAACGACCACCAUUCAACCUGCUAAAAAUAAUAAAUUUUUAUUUAAACUGUGA